AUGGCACCAGAUGUGCAAGACAAGGAUGGGAAGUUAAUUCAAGAAGGCGACGAAGUCUGGACUCCUAUUCGAGGCGGGAAACGACAAGGAGAAGUAGAAAAUAUCGUACACACGGAAAAGGAAGCAAAAUCGGCCAAUGUGAAACAUCCACCAAAGGUGGUUUUCACGGAUCAGCAUGGACAUAGAGUCGCACACAAUCCAGACGCAUUAAAGCAUGUCGAUGAAUAA